UUCAAUUUGAAAGUUUUGAGCACGUGACUUUUUACUGGCAGUGCAGCGUUUAUGUAAAGGAGAAAGAAAAACCAAGAACGCAUCCAGCUGCAGCCCCAACCCACCAACAAACCGGUCAGCACCACAAACCGGUCACCAACGAACACCCCACCGCCGGCAGCACCACCACCAUACACUACCGACACCACAGCAGUGCCAGCCCACCAAUAACACGCCCAGCACUGCCAACAAAUACCUCCUAUCAAAGUGCUUAAACCCUACCAACAUGGUUUAGGCUUUAAGCACUUUGAUGAUCUCGAAUUAAAGAAAUCAGUUGUGAAUUAUACAUUGAAAAGCAGUUGACUAUUUCUUCAAGCGAAGCUUGUAUUGGGAUAGUGCAAAGUGUCUCUAAAUUGUUAUCAAUGGAAUUUGAUCUGUCAGACGCUGAACCCGGGACCAUAAAUGGCGGUUCCACGGCGAAGAAAUCAAAGCAGCGUAAGAGGAAGAGUUUCAUGGUGGACGAGGAAGGGGAAAUGGGGUCGCGAGAGAAGCUGGCAAAAAAAAUCUUGUUGUCUCUUACUAGGCCUUCCUACGUCUUGGGAUUGGGUCCCAAACCUCUGAGGAAGGAACACCGUACGAGGUUGCGCUACCUGCUGCACAGACUCGUCAACCAGCAUCACUGGGUCGAAGCCAGUGGUGUUCUUAGUGCCUACAUGAAGGGCACACUUAAUGAGACCUCGCCCUUCAGAAAUCGUCUUAAAUUUUGGGUUUUAAUGGAGCUUCUUAAUCGUGUGAAAAAUAAUUCUAUUAAUCCCACGAGAAUCAAGAACCUCUAUGAUAUUUGGUCGAAGAAAAUUGGAUCAAUGAAGACUUGGCCUUUACAGAGCAGAUACGCUGUCCAUUUUGAGUUCAUUUUUUUCUGUCUUAUGCAAGGCAAUGCAGGGGAUGCAUACCAGCUUGCUUUAUGCAUUGAACAAAACAAAGUUGAUAUUGAUCCUGUGUCAAAGAUGAUGAUGGGUUUGACAUUCUAUGAGCUGUGGUAUUCUUCUGUCCCCAAAGAAUUCCAGUGGAGAAGCUCAGACCAGUUUGACUUGCAAGAGAACCCACAUAUGGAGAUCUCAUUUACCAAUAAAACUGGACAGUCAGAACAGUAUAAUUCAGUUGAAUCCCACAUGGCUGAGUCCCAUUGUCAACGUGAUUCAGAGGCCUCUAUCAUGAAUGAUAAGCAUAUAUCUAGGGAUGUUGUAUUGAGUGAAGACAUAGAGGUUGGUACUAAUAAAAGAGAAAAAACACAUCAGAACUUUCAGCCAGAAGGAUUUUACUUAAAUUCUGAAGAGCAAAACGGAUUUGGAGACCCUUUUUCCAACAGUGGAGGUCUUACACAAGAUCUCUUACACGGCCUUGGGGGACUUGAUUUAUGGUUGCUGCCCUUGCAUUUUUCUGAUGAUAGCGAUUUGGAGGAGUUCAUGUAUUUGCAAAUAGAUCAGCCUAAUGACUAUUACAAAAAUUCAGUGAAAUAUUUGCAACUAGCUAUCAACUCAGAACCUUCUGCUUCAGCCGCAUUACUUCCAUUGGUACAGCUGUUGCUAAUUGGAGGACAAGUUGACGAGGCUCUAACUAUGCUUGAGAAGCAGUGCUGUAAUGCAGCCUCUGUGUUGCCAUUAAGAGUGAGGGCUGCUCUCUUGGAGCGUUUUGAUCGAAACAACUCUGGCAUGCUUAGCUGUUUUGAGAAUAUAUUGAAGAAGGAUCCAACAUGUAGUGAUGCCUUAGCCAAACUUAUCAAGAUGCACCAAAAUGGAGAGUAUAGUCUUGAGUCUCUGCUGGAAAUGAUUGCUUUACAUUUAGAUGCCACAGAUUCAGAACACAAUACGUGGAAGGUGUUAUCUUCAUGUUUCUUAAGACUGUUUUCCUAUGAAGAAGACUGUAUGUCUACAUGCCCCAUGCAAACUGAAAAUGGACACAAGCAACUUCAUUCCAUUAACAAAACCCCUAAAAUAUUUACGGAUGGUACAUCAGGAAAAUCUUGGUAUCUUCGCUGUAGGUGGUGGAUAACAAGACAUUUCAGCAAUAGCAAGCUACAAUCAGAGAUUGAAUCAGGUGAUUUGCAGUUACUCACAUGCAAAGCAGCAUGUGCAUCGUAUAUGUAUGGACGCGAGUUCAGCUAUGUUGAGAAGGCUUAUUCUCAUUUAGAAAAAGAAAGUGAUAAGGAAUUGUUGUUUUUCUUGGAUGAGCACAGGGGAAAUUCAUUAGGAAUUUAUAAAAAAUUUCGAAAGAAAUCACACAUAUAAUUUAAUUAUAUUUGCUUA